AUGUCACUACGUUGGGGCAUCCUGGCCACAGGUACCAUUGGCAAAACCUAUGCAAAAGCACUCAUCGACUCUCCCGCCAACACGCUGGUAGCGGUGGGCAGCCGCUCUGCGGAGGGGGCACAGGCAUUUGCUGAGACAUUUCCUGACCUCGCGCUGACUUGCCAUGACAGCUACACCGGCCUGAUCAACGACCCACAGGUCGAUGCAAUCUACAUUUCCACCCCGCAUACGGAACAUGCCGCGUGGGCAAUGCGCGCGAUGCAGGCUGGUAAACACGUGCUCUGCGAGAAACCCAUGGGCCUGAACCAUGCUGAAAGUAUGGCCAUGGUGACUUGUGCAGCCAGACACAACGUUUUCCUGAUGGAAGCCUUCAUGUACCGCCUGCAUCCGCAGAUGACAACUAUUGUCGAUCUCAUUCAAAGUGGCGAGAUUGGCGAGGUCAGACAUAUUGAGGCACAGUUUGGCUACCACGCAGCAUUUGACGCCGACUCGCGAUUGUUUGCCAACCAUCUGGCAGGCGGUGGCAUCAUGGAUGUCGGUUGUUAUCCAAUGUCAUUCGCGCGCGCCAUCGCGGGUAGCGAGCCUCUCGAAAUCGCCGCGCAUGGUCAGCUUGGAGCUACCGGCAUCGAUGAGUGGUCCACCGCUCUGCUCAAGUUUGAAAACGGUCUUGCCGCCCAGAUAUCAACUGCCGUGUCAUUGAAUCUGACCAACGAGGCCACUGUCUAUGGCAGCAAAGGCAGUAUUCAUGUUCCCAAUCCCUGGCUGCCUUUGGAUGACAAGCAGAACUGGUCAUUCAGCAUAAAACGCGGUUCAGACACCGAGGUUAUCAGUGGCCACAGCGAGGGCCUGUAUACAAUAGAGGCUGAUCAUGUGGCGCAACACAUCGCUGCAGGCAAUACACAGUCUGACAUUCUGAGCUGGCAGGAGUCUCUUCACAACGCCCUGGCUCUGGAUCAAUGGCGCAAGGCCAUCGGCCUGAGCUACGCAAUAGAGCAACCCGGCAGUCACCGCGGACCACUGCUCGGCACGCUGUCAAAACCGGAUAACAGAAUCUCUCACGGCAGUGUCGCCAACCUGGAUAAAUCCGUUGCUCGACUUGUUAUGGGCUGCGACAACCAGCCUUCCAUGAGUCAUGCCAGCGUGAUGUGGGACGACUACUUUGAAGCCGGCGGCAACUGUUUCGAUACCGCUUACAUCUAUGGUGGUGGCAGCAUGGAAGCAUUGCUGGGACACUGGCACACCGCACGCGGCAUUCGCGAAGACAUUGUCAUUAUCGGCAAAGGUGCACAUACACCGGACAACUUUCCACACAUCAUCAGCAAAGAAUUAGAUAUUUCGCUGCAACGCCUGCAAUCUGACUACGUCGACAUCUACUUUCUGCACCGGGAUAACCUCGACGUACCGGUGGCCGAAUUCAUCGAUGCUUUAAACGAUGAAGUCAAAGCCGGCCGGAUUCGCACCUUUGGCGGUUCGAACUGGAGCCUGGAGCGGGUACGCGAAGCCAACAACUACGCCGCCUCCAAGGGUCUGCAGGGUUUCAGCGCCAUCUCCAACAACUUCAGCCUGGCGCAGAUGAACGAACCCAUCUGGCCCGGUACGGAAGACGCCACAUCAGAAGCCUAUCGAGACUAUCUGCAGGAAACUCAGAUUGCGCUGAUGCCCUGGUCAUCACAGGCGCGCGGCUUUUUCACACCCUGGGCGGGACAGGUGAUUGCCGACAGUGGCAAAGAAAAUCUUGUUGUAACCAGCGUGCAGCCGACGAUCGAAGAACUCAAACGAGUGUGGUUUUCCCAGGAUAACUUCACCCGCCGGGACCGAGCGGGUGAACUGGCAGAAAAAUACGGUGUGGAGAUGAUCAACAUUGCUCUGGCAUACGUUUUAACCCAGCCAUUCCCGACGUUCCCGCUGAUUGGCCCACGCCAGCUGAAAGAAACUGACAGCUGCAUAGAGAGCCUGAACAUCAACCUUACACAGGCUGAUAUCGAUUAUCUCAACCUGCUCUAA